CCAUGUGUCCACUACACAAACACUUUCUUAGGUCAUUUGCAAACUCUUGCCAACUUAAAUACUCCCUCUACCUUUCCCUCCUUCCCAACCCACCACCCUUUCUGUGUCCAACUGUUUUCAAUUUCUUAAAAUUCCUAUAAAUACUACUUAUAUAUGUACAUAAACACGCACAAAUAUAUAGAGAGAGAGGAUAGUUAGAGAGAGAGAGAACACAAUGGUCUUUGUGAAAUCACCUGAGAAUCUAAAGUUACCAGUCUCUGAUGGUGAGAGAAGGAGAGAGGAAACUGUCAUGACCAAAAGAGGUGCUUACGCUGCCAUCUCUUACAUGACUUGUGCAGUCCUCUUGGUAAUGUUCAACAAAGCAGCCCUUUCUUCUUACAAUUUCCCAUGUGCAAGUGUCAUCACACUUUUGCAGAUCAUAUGUUCAUGUUCGUUUCUCUAUGCAAUGAGACGCUGGAAUAUCAUCUCUUUCACAGUUGGUGAACCGCAGAGUGACACUAAUAACCCAGGAACACUCGUGCCGUUGAAGACAUUAGUUCACACACUGCCUCUUGCGUUAUCUUACUUACUUUACAUGCUGGUCUCGAUGGAAUCUGUGCGUGGCGUAAAUAUUCCUAUGUACACCACUCUCAGGAGGACAACCGUGGCUUUUACUAUGCUUAUGGAGUAUAUAAUUGCAAAACAGAAACAUUCACCAUUUGUUGUUGGCAGUGUGGGGAUUAUCAUAGUUGGUGCAUUUAUUGCUGGAGCUCGGGACAUGUCAUUUGACUUCUACGGCUAUGCUAUUGUUUUCACAUCAAACAUCUGUACCGCAAUAUAUCUUACUUAUGUUGCUCGCAUUGGAAAAACCAGUGGCCUCAAUAGCUUUGGUCUUAUGUGGUGCAAUGGUAUAAUAUGUGGACCAAUCUUGCUAUUCUGGACAAGUAUCAGAGGUGAAUUGGAGGUGACAAUGAACUUUCCUCAUCUCUUCACCCCUGGCUUUCAGGCUGUGAUGCUUCUUUCCUGUAUUAUGGCUUUCUUUCUGAAUUACUUUGUUUUCUUAAAUACUACACUUAAUUCAGCCCUCACUCAGACGAUCUGUGGUAAUUUAAAGGAUCUGUUCACCAUUGGAAUUGGCUGGCUACUCUUUGGUGGACUUCCUUUUGAUUUGUUGAACAUUGUGGGUCAAACUUUUGGUUUUCUCGGGUCGUGUCUGUACGCCCUCUGUAAACUUAAAGGGAAGUAAACUUUAGAAUCUUGGGGUCCUGUUCCGGACCUUCUGUAAAGGGAAGUUAAAAUUAGGAUGCUGUGCAUGAUCCCUUUUAGUAAGGGAUAAAUUCCUCAAGAGUGAUAGAGUAUGGUUGCCUUCAUGAGCUGCCAAAAUUUUGAUAUAAUGAUACAAGUUCUUAAAAAUGCAUGUAAAAUUUUACUAAAAGUAGAAAAUUUCUAUCAUUCGAGGCAGAUUAUGUAUCUUUUCAAACUCGAAAGGGAAACAAAAUGAAUGCAGUUUCCUCUCUCUUCA